AUGUCCGCGCCAAAUCGUCCUCGAAAGUGCACCAAAACGUUUACGGGAUGUUGGGCCUGUCGCGCCCGGAAAAUCAAGUGCGAUGAAGAGAACCCAUCGUGUCCUCAGUGCUAUGACAAGAAUCUCAGUUGCGAGGGCUACUCGGCCCGCCUCCAGUGGCUCACCCCCGUCACCGGCAGCCGAGGACUCCACUCUCAGUCCCUGUCCGAGGGCUCCAUGAGCCAAUCUCUCCGACGCCUUCUUCCCGCAGAACCUCUUCGCUCCACGCUGCACUUGGACCAAAUAGACGGCAUUCUACGCUAUCUUGACUCGCUAGAAUCGGUGAUCAAUCACGGCCGUGAAGAUGUCAGUGCCAGCAUCCAGAACUUUGGUUUCUUCAGCCUUGCCACUGCACCCUGCUCAUCUCUUGCUGAUAACUCCGGCUGCGCGGCACCUAGUCUACCCAAGGCGCUCUCGCUUGCGGACGAUUACGACUUGUUCUUCGACCCAGGGUCAACGUUGACAAGCUCAGAGCCCUGUGGUGAUAAUCCCGAAAUAGAGGCCGCAUGGAACCUAUGUACCCUUCAUGAUGAACACGAGCUGCCUUUGGAUUUUCCGCCGCGGCAAGAUUUAGCUGCCCCGGACAUGCCACCGACCAUCAUCCCGGUAAAAUUGCGCAAGCUUUACUAA